AUGACAAGUUUGAGUAAUGGACACAAAUCGUCUUCUAGUUUAACCAUUACUGACAAAGUUAUAAAGUCUUUUGAGCCGGUGAAGACGUUUAAUUAUCACAAAGGAGCGAGCAUAACUUCAUUAGAUUUUGAUGAUUCGGGCCAAUACCUAAUUUCAGCAGGAAUAGAUAAAUCAAUUCAGCUAUACGACGUCCACAAGGGUGUGCAUCAUAAUGAUAUACAGUCGCAGAAGUAUGGGGCACAUUUGGCGAGGUUCACUCAUUUAGAAUUGAACUGUUUAUAUGCAUCGACCCCAGCUGCAGAUAAAAACAUCGAUAAUGCCAUUCGAUAUCUUUCGUUGUCGAAUAAUCUGUACUUGAGGUACUUCAAGGGGCAUAAAGAUCAGGUUACGUCUAUUGAGGUACAUCCUGUGCUGGAUCUUUUUUUGAGCGCAAGCUUGGAUCGUACGGUCAAGCUAUGGGACUUGCGAUCUACAUCGCCUGUUGGAAACUUGGAUAUGGGACAGCCCACGGUUAUAGCAUUUGAUCCCAGGGGGAUUGUAUUUUGUGUGGGCAAGUGUCCCUGUCCAUCGACAGGGGCAGGCGUAGGGGUUGUUGCGUUCUACGAUACGGCCAGUUUUGACAAGAAGCCAUUUCUAGAAGUCGAGAUACAGAUUCUCGCAGGACAAUCAUGGAAUAAACUAGAAUUUUCCAAUAAUGGGAAGCUCUUGUUGAUAUCAACUGACUCGUACGAACAUUACGUGCUUGAUGCGUUCCUGGGCCAGUUGUUGACUACUUUACAAAUCGGACCCGAUACUUCUCAUACAGAAUACAAUGGAGAUUGGAUGACAUUUAAAUAUCCCUAUUCGGGAUCCGCGUCGUUCUCUCCCUGUGGGAAGUUUGUACUUGUGGGGUCGCCUCAGAUGAAUGUCCUGGCUUUCGACCUCACGAAUUUAAAGCAUACUGAUGGUAAUACUCGUUCAGUUUCUGAUCUCGAUAAUCCGAAAACUUUACGUCCGUUCCAAACUUUAUCUACAAACCAAGGCAUUCCAAAAAUCGUUGCAUUUAAUCAGAAAUUAUUAACCUUUGCCACCGCCGACUCGACUGUGUCAUUAUGGCAGCCUAAAUUGCCUGAUCCUAUAUAG